AUGUGAAACGUGCAACGGCGCUCGCUUGCCCGCUUGCGUGCGUGCGCUUCCAAACAGGGGAAGAGAUUUAAAAACAAAAACGGGGGCACAUGCUCAAUGAGGAGGUGAAGGAGAAAAAGAGGAGGAGGAGGAGGAGGGUGAAAAGCGCGCGCACUUUUUUCACUGAGUGCCUUCGCCCUGAGCCGAGCAACAGCAUGGAUCUCUCCUUCAUGGCCGCGCAGAUCCCAGUUAUGACGGGAGCCUUCAUGGACUCGUCGCCAAAUGACGACUACAGCGGCGAGCACUCGCUCUUCAACUCAUCGGCCAGCGUCCACGCCGCCACCUCGGCGGCCUCCGUGCACGGCCAGCCGGACGAGUCGCAGUCCAUGUCCAACGACGCCAUCUGGCUUUGGAUCGCCAUCGUGGCCACCAUCGGAAACAUCGUGGUGGUGGGCGUGGUCUACGCUUGCACCUUCUAAGACAACAUCAUCUGAAUCAUUCAAAACGCUCAAAUCCGUCUGGACGGACUUGUCUAACAUCGAGACUCCGACUUUUGUCGGAUUCUACGAUAUGAGGAUAAUGCGCCGUGGAUGGGAAAAAAAAAAAAAAAAAGCUCUCUCCGCUAAGAAUCCAAGGAAUGUUACUCCUUAAGUUUCUUUCCAUGUCUCCCCCGAAGAACACACUCUCACUUGUCAUGCGGAGAUGCGAAUGGAGGUUAAAUGGGGCUUGAGAUUUGGGUUGAUCCGGGUACCGCCACAAAGCAAUUUAGGCCAGCGCUGUUUAAUUAUGCCCUCCGACUCGGAUGGCGAAUGUUAAAACAUUUACAAGGCACCGGGACCGGUUUCAUCUGAGGCGGCCCCGGGGCCCGUUCUCCAUUAGGGCACAUGUAAGGAGACUCUGUGGAGCCAACGUGCCACUAAUGACUUCAUCAUCAUUGCGGUCCGGCGGCGAAAAAUCACAUGAAUAUCAAAUCCGAAGGCCUAACGAGGCAAUAAUUCAACGUUUAGGCUUUACCCGCGUUAUCUUUUCCCCGCCGCCGAUGGCAGCCAUUGCUCAUCUUUGACAGGGUUGCCGCGUGUCGGACCAACAGGAACGAAGCUUCUCCCGCUUUGGCAGCGGGUGGACAAUCUGCUCGAUGUGACCUUGAGGUUUCAUUUCAUGAAAGCAUCAGAACAGGUCCAAAUGGUUUAGUUUGUGAAGUUUGCCGUCUUUUCAAAGUACUCGAGUACUUUGUGGUUAUAGUGGACAACAAUUCAAUGAAAUCCAAACACGAUUUUUGUUUUCUUCCAUCCACGCAAAAUAUACAAGCCUGUUGCCUUUUAUUCAAGUCCACUCGUUGAUGCUUCGACUUUUUCAUUUUUCUGACAUAUGAACUUGAAGUGACUUUGUCGUUUGAGUUCCGUAGCCUGCUUGGUAUUCGUCACCACGUUACGAUGAUAUGAAUAUAAACUAGCCGACACUGUUUUGUAGCAACAAUGGUGACUGUUUCUUUUCAGGUCUGCUUUUGUAUCAAUUGCGUAGAACUCUUCAGACGAUGUUGUAAAUUAUACACAGAUAAUCCUUUUUUCAGAAAGGUGUACGCUUUUAGAUUUGUCGCAUUAUACGAGAGCCGUGGCGAAGUUGUGAUGGCGGCCAUUUUGACACGGGUUGUUUGGCUGUGGUAUUCUUGUGCACCCCACCAAAUCUGUAACCCCUUUUUUUGUUUUUUCUGAAGAUGGACAGAACAUUUUCAGCGGUAAAGCAAUGUAAUAUAAUCUUGUGUUCUAGUAAAUCAACUUGAUUUCUAAGCUA